GAGGGGCGGAACGAGGCAGGCCGCACCCCGCGCACAGCCCGCCUUCCAGCACAGCCCGCGGCCGGGGCCGCGCUGCUCCUUCCGGGCCUGCGGUGCCAUGGGAGCCGGCGGGCUGUGGGUGAGGACCGCCUACACCGCCCUCAGCGGGGGGUUAACGCUGGGGCUCUUCCUGCACCGCACAGAUCUACAAAAGGAAGUGGAGCGCGGAGCAGUGCUGCAGCCAGCGCUCUUCGUAGUGCUGCUCGGGUGCUCUGUCCUGCUGUACUUUAGGGUGUCCCUCAUGGACCCGGGCUUCGUCACAGCUGAAGAGGAGGUGAAGGCAGGCAAAAGUGAAGAACAAAGCAUGGUGCCACCCCAGGUUUCAAGCAAUGUCAAGAUGCGGCGUUGCGGCUACUGCAUGGUGAAGCAACCAAUGCGAGCCAAGCACUGCCAGCUGUGCCAACAUUGCGUACGGCGCUAUGACCAUCACUGCCCCUGGAUUGAGAACUGUGUAGGAGAGAAGAAUCACCCCCUCUUCAUAGUCUACCUUAGCAUACAGCUUGUAGUUCUGCUGUGGGGAGGACACGUUGCUUGGUCAGGCCUUUACUUUAAACAGUCUUGGGAGUGGCUGCGGCACAACAUUUUCCUACUCAUAUCCUUCCUCCUGAUAGUCAUAUUCUCCAUUGUUGUCUUGCUGCUGCUUAUUUCACACCUCUAUCUGAUCUCAUGCAACACCACCACCUGGGAGUUCAUGUCAUAUCAUCGCAUCUCCUACCUGCGACACUCUGAGCUGGAGAAUCCCUUUGACCAAGGAGUGAUCCUCAAUCUCUGGAGGUUCUUCUGUUCAUGCCAUCUCACUGCAUGGGAGAAAAUCUAUUUUCACAGGAACAGUGAACCUGUCUAAUCACAGUGGUACCUAAUUAGUAAAACGCCAGAAGACAUCUGCAGGUUGUUGGAUAAAGCUUUGCUGAUGUUGCUGUUACAUUGCAUGGAACUUUAAUACAUCACGGACUACACAACAUGUUCCACAACCUGAUCCAUAAAAGCAAAUCACCUUUCAAGAAGGAUAAUCAGGGUUAUUUUUUAUAUAUGAAUAACACUGUUAAAGGGGAGACGCUGGUUCUGGGAGGGCCAGAAUGGUUGAUGUCUUGACCAAGACGAGGUCUCUCUGUAAAUUUACUUCCUUUUCUUAACUGCAUCCACACCUGAAGGGAUGCAAGAACAGCAUGAACUGCCAUGUUAACUUCUGUUCCCCAAAGUUUCCUCUCUAUUUGCUGGUAAGGAACAGCAGCUGUUACCAACAAACCAGCCAGAAUCAAUACGAUCCCUGUGGCCUUUCUUCAACAUAGCUCUUACUGUGAGAACCACUGUGCCUUUUAGUAAUGCUGGGUACAUAAUAGAAAUAUUUGAGUAAAUAUUUGUGCAGUCAAAAGCAAAUUUCAUUUUGACUACAUGCCUGAACUGCGUGCUUUUCACAAAGAUAUGAGGUUUCGUAGCAUUAAUUGCAUGAGAAACGGCUGUGAGGCACCAAAUUCAGCUGAGAUAAUUAGUGUGUACCUUAUGAUGCCCUCCCUGAUUAGCAUCCUAAUUUUUUUUUCCUUUAAGCUGAUGGUGCUGUCGAUAAUUCAUAGGGUAUUUUGAAUGAAUUCAGCAAAGAAUGAUGCCAGCCACUUUUCUUUUGACAGAAGAGCAAUACUUGCCUACUGAGUUACUUCUGCAUAUAACCUCGUGCUCUAGGCCUUCGCUGUAUCUAAUGGAGAAAGAGCCAGUAAGGGAGGUGGGCUCUUCUUGCCUAGCUCAAAUAACACUAGUGGUAAUGCUGCUACCUCAGCGUAUCAGUAGAAUUUUAAUGAAAUAAUACAAAGUAGCACUGGAAAGGAAUCUUGAAAAGGAAAGGUUCUAGGUCCUAUUUGUUUCCAUGGGGUUGGGGUGCUGAUAGCAUUCCAGGAUGGCAGCAGCUUUACUUGUUUUCCACUGUCAUAGGAGGUCAUAGUUUAAGUUUCCAUAAGGGGCUGGAAGAAAAGCCUGUGGUGUGAGUUCUAGUGCUGACCUUUUUCUACUUUAAAAAAAAAAAAAAAAAAAAAGCAAACCACAU